AUGGCCCCCACAGAACAUACUAUCUACCGCGCAGGCGAUGGCAACGGCGGUUUCUCCCCCUCUUCCGUCAAGCUACCCAACCUUGGUCCUCAUGACAUUCUCGUCCGCUUAACUCACAGUGGCGUAUGCCAUUCAGACAUCGUGCUCUGCCAACUAGGAGCCCCUGUAGCUCUUGGCCACGAGGGGAUUGGCAUUGUCGAGUCAGUCGGCUCACUGGUGACACAAUUCAAGAUCGGUGAUAGGGCAGGUGGUGGCUUUCACCGUGAUGCCUGCGGUCACUGCAAGUACUGUUUGUCUGGAAGGGACAUCUAUUGCUAUGAGCGUGUUAUUUUCGGUGAAGGAGACUUCGAUAACGGUACCUUUGGUACUUAUUAUAUCGGCAAGGAGACAUACCUCCACAAGAUUCCUGAUAGUCUUGCCAGUGAGCAUGCUGCACCUCUUCAGUGCGCGGGAGCUACUGUGUACGCGGCUCUCAAGGCUACAGUGACAGCGGAGAAGCGCGUCGGCAUUCUCGGCAUCGGUGGUCUUGGCCAUCUCGCUAUUCAGUAUGCGGAUAAGAUGGGCGCCGAUGUUAUUGUUUACAGCACGAGCGCUAGCAAGGAGGCUGAGGCACGACAGCUGGGCGCCAAGGAGUUCCAUCUCAUUGAGAGUAUGUUCGAUACGGCUACAGCGCCGAUUGAAGUUCUUGUGAUUUGUGGAACCAAGUAUCCUGACUGGGACAAGGUCAUGACUAAGGAGUUCCUCGCGAGAGAUGGAACUAUUGUCCCUCUUGCGGCCCCGGUUCACGGGCCUCUUAGCUUGCCUGCGGGAGCAAUGUUCUUCCAGGGCUACCAUGUCUUUUCAAGCCUCGUUGGAUCGCGUAAUAUCCACGACGAGAUGCUUGAGUUCUCUGGACGUCAUGGCGUCAAGCCCAUGGUUCAGCUCUUCAAGCAUGAGGGUGAAACAACCAUCAAGGAGGUCUUUGAGCUGGUAGAGCAGAACAAGAUGAGAUAUAGGGCUGUUCUGGAGAUGCCCAACUAG